ACUAUAGUAGAUGCGUGGGACGUAAUAUAUCUAAUGUCAUUAAAUAUAUGUAAUUAAAAUUUCAUCAUGAAUAAUAUAUUAAUAGAAUGGGACGCAACUCAGAAUGCACCUCUGGAUUUGAGUAGAAAUGGGGCUGCAUGGAAAACUGAUGUUGUUAACGCUUUUAAAUUUCAACGAUAUCUUCCAUGCCAAACUUGCGGUAAAAGUUUCGACAGACCUUCACUUUUAAAGAGACAUCUGCGGACCCAUACAGGAGAGAAACCACAUGGCUGCACAAUAUGUGGUAAAAUGUUUAGUACAAGCAGUUCGUUAAAUACUCACAUUAGAAUUCAUACUGGUGAACGUCCUCACGAAUGCCCGAUGUGUGGCAAGCGCUUCACCGCCUCAUCGAAUUUGUAUUAUCAUCGCAUGACGCACUAUAAGGAGAAACCACAUAAGUGUAACGAAUGUGGACGAUCCUUUCCAACUCCCGGCGAUUUAAGGGCUCACGGAUAUUCUCAUACAGGUAACUGGCCAUUACGUUGCCCAGUAUGUAACAGAGGCUUUUGCAAACUUGGAACCUUACAUCAUCAUAUGAAAUCACAUGGCGACCAUUCUUAUCGUUGCAAUAUCUAUAAUCAGAAACUUCCCAUGAUCAGUAAUUUACGAAUUUACGAACAUCAAUACAAUUCUCAUGUGUCAAAUAACAGUACAACUGAUUACAUGAAUAUGCAUAAUGGUAUCGCAAACAUAGAAAUUAUCAAGUUUGAAAGUCUCGGUAAUAAUUACAUGCAAUUACCUACAAUGUAUCCAUGUUCUUCCUGGAUGCCAUCACAAUUUCAAAAUUAAUUC